AUGUUAAGGUUUGGUGUUCAUUUUGUUUUGACACUUUUCUGGAUAUUUGCCUUCUUUCCUAGUAACUGCGAAGCAACUGAUGUUUCUCAACGGUGUCACAUUGAUUCAAACCUAUAUUCAGGAAAGGCAACUUCCCGCGGCAAGUGGAUGGAUAUAGCAUACAACAUAGUCUACGACAAAGGUCUUUGUACUACUAAUGAUGAAAUUGGUGUAUUAGACGCCACUAUUAAUGGUGUAAAUAAAACUCUCGAAGGACGUGAGGGAAGUAUUUCCUUUGAUAAUGUUGCUUUGGUCCGCUUUAGCUUGACAUCAGGUAUUAACGGGAAAGAAUUCUUUUUCUCUGAGCUAUGCUGGAGUUCAUCUAAUUGUACCACCCUUUGCUCUUCUGAGUUAUUUGGUACCACUUCUUCAUGUGUCGUAAAAAAUGUCGGCGCUUACAUCAUUAUUGCUUUAAUCGUUUUGGUUCCUCUAGUUAUAUGUUUGGUUUUACUGUAUAUUUCUUGGACACGUAUCAAGCUGCGAAAUCGAAAUAAGAUAACGGAGAUAGAGGAUAAUCAUCAAGUGCAAGUACUUUCACGCGGUAUACCCACAAAGGAGCAAUAUUCAGAAUCACCUACUACAGUAGUUCAUAUUAAGCCAACGUGCAAUAGCAACGAUACACCUGCACAUACUCUUCAAGUUGGUCCUACAUCUGUAGAGGUAGCCUCUGCACAGAUUGAAGUGCAUGUUUUAGAGGAAGAACAUUCUGUAAAAAAAAAUAUCCUAAAGGAAGGUACUUCAAACUCAUUUCCAAACGAUGUAGUACAAAAACAUCAACUCCUUCAGCAGCAACAGCAUGAAUAUCUUCCUAAAGAUAGACCGCUCACAGAAAAUAUCAAUUUGAACACCCACAUACAUGACGGAUUCCUACAUACUGAAGAGGUCACCCGAGGUGAGUUGGAGAUGGCUCUCUUGCAUGAUGUCAAUGGGGUCUCCAGACAUAUGAUGGAAAGA